AUGGAGCCCUUCCCUUCCAUCGACCCGCCAUUCAAUGCCUUUCUAGGGCCCCAGGUCGAGAUCAAUGAGGGUAAUCUGCGACGGGCCAACACAGUCUCUCCCGGCAACAUCAAGAGGAAUUUAGAACUCAAGGCCGCUCGCGAGAAAACAGCAGGGGUACGCGCCAAGGAUCCUGAAGGGAAGCUGCAACGAUCACAAACACAUCGCCCACUAGUGGCGCGUCCACCCCGAAAGGUCGGUCACUUCACGGUGCGAAGUGUCGGCCAGAAUGGCAAAAUAUUCCUGAGACCAAUUGCCGAUCCGCCAAAGAGCCAGCCAGCGUCCUUCCCAGUUGAUACGAAACCCACUCUGCUUCAGCCGCAGCCUGCAUCCGCCCGAGAAGAUCCGUCCAGAUGGUCCAGCUCCCAGCUUUCUGAGUUGCGGCCGCGCGAACGCCCCAAUCCCGAGUAUGUGUCCGAGUCUCCUCCCGAACUGUCGAGCACGCAUCGUACCAGGCCCAAUUCCUUUUCUACUCUGUCAGAGCAACAGUCCACGGCUGGCGCUGGGAAACGGGGAGAGUUGCGAAUUGUGAUCGAUAGAUCGGAAGACCGUCCCAAAUCGGCAGAUGAGAAUUCGACUAUGGAAAGUCCCACGCCUCGCUUUCGCUUUGGGUCACCGCGGUUGAAUGAGGGUACAGCGAUGCAGAGCAUAGUAUAUUCGCGAACUUCAAUGUCGGACAACUUUCGGAAUUCCACCCUGCUUGGGGGCGUGGCAGACCCGUUGCCGGGUCUGCAUACACCCCAUGUUCGAGACUCUUUCUCCAGACAUCGGCCGUCUUUUGCGAUUUCGAUGUUCUCGGGCACUGCUGCGGCCAUUGACAUGAGCAGGUCUUCGCCGAUUCCGCGCAAUUCGAUGGUCUAUGAAUUAAAAGAGCCGGUUGAGCCAUCUAUAUAUGAAACGCUGGUAUAUGAUAUGGAUGAUGGAUCAGUGGUUCGAUACGUUCCUGGCACAAAAGAUAUUAGUGCUGCAACUCCGGCUCGCAUCGUUGCGCAAAUUUCUUCCGAGUCUUUCAUGGACUAUGAGUUGGUCUCGGACUUCUUUCUCACCUUUCGUUCCUAUCUGUCCACUUCUCACCUUCUGGCGCUUCUUCUGGCGCGUUUGAAGUGGGCGAUCAACCGAUUACAAGAUGAUGGUCGGAUUAUCAGAAUCCGAACAUUCGCGGCUUUGCGCCAUUGGAUUCUCAACUACUUUGUCGAUGAUUUUGUUACGAAUUACGAACUUCGGAAUCACUUUUGUGAUACCAUUAACGAGCUUUAUGCAGAGGUCAGGUCUCGAGAAAACGGCGGCACAAGUGACCGGAAGAUUCUCAUUGACUUGAAGCGAUGCUGGAACGGCAAAUGCUCGGUCUACUGGUCUUCUCCUGACUUAUCUCGAGCAUAUAAUGACCCUGAAAUUCCUAUCGUCCCUGGAAGCGCUGAAAUAGAGAUACCCAAAACCGAAGAGCAGCAACAGAACAUCCCUCCUGCAUUGACCCCAACUGCCGACACCACCUUUCGCCAAAGCAUUCCUUACCCUGCCCAGCAUGAUCGGAACGAUUCUGGUGCAACGGCCACCAGCAUUCCACUGUCAGCCAAAAGCGAGCAAAGCAUUAUGGCGCUGUCGUGCUCAUUGCCCCCCAAGUCACCAAAACGCUUCUCCAUGUCUGCAUCGAGAGGGAAAGCCCCACGCCCGGUGGUGUUGGGUCUCACAAAAUCCAAGUCCCCAUCCAGAUCCCACGAAAGACCCUUGUCACCCGCAUCUCCUAUGAUUUCGCGGCACCCGUACCACAGUCAUAGCCACCAAAGAAGUGGAAGCUUUUCCGACUCGGUGCGGGAUGAUCGACAGCCGACGUACGCAACAACGUCACAGUCCGGACCCGUCCCACAGGAGUCUUUGGAUACUGUUAGUUUGAUUCGCGGCGAACUUUUCCCCCCUGCCGAGUCAUACAUGACCAUGAUGGCACCCGACUCGCCUCCCCUUCCUCCGCCAUCAAAGAACGCCAACCCCGAUCGUCGCAGCACCCCCGAUGUACCAAAGUCUGCGCCCAAUUCGGGUAUGAGAACCAUCAUUGGCUCGAUCAAGCGGGCAUUGCAUACACGAAACGGUGGACAAAGUGUUUCUGCUCGCAUUGCCAACGCCCAGGAAGCCCUUUCUCUGCCUUCCCGCGGUAAGACGUCCGCCCUACCAACUGGAAUGGCUUUUGGCUCCGAAUACUAUCGAGAGAGAAAAAUGGCCGCUGUUCCCAAACGCCCUGCCAGAAUUGACAUUCUCUGCGAUGAGGUGUUGAAACAAUAUCGGUUAGCUAUGAAUAAGGAAACCCCAGAGGAACAGAACCACCCACCAGCCCCUCAAGGCCACCUAGAACAGCAUGCAUCCAACGCCCAUCUUUCGCCGAUGCAGAACGAGACCGAUCCCAAAAUCAGAAGCGGAAUCACCAUGGGCAGUGGCUCAAUCGUCAUCGUCGACGACACAGGGUUUGAAAUGCCCUUCAUGUCAGGGGCGGCACAGCAACAAGAAGAGACGCCCGAUACUCAUGAUAUUGGCUAUCCCACGUCAGAAUUCCGCGUGCCAGAGGACGCUGCUUCGACACAAUCGAUACCAGUAGAGGGGGAAUAUCUUCGACCAGUUUGUUACAAUGCUGAGGAUUCCGGAAGAGCCCCGCUGUCAAAUGUGUUUUACCCACCUCGCCCUCUCACGCCACAGAGGUCGUCUUCCGUUGAGCGUAUAUCAACGGCCUUGAAAAAGAAGAACUCAAUGUCUCUUCGCCUUCGAAAAUAUGCAUCUUUCCAAAGUGGAAUAUCACGGAAGCGGUACUCUAUGAACAGCGAGUCCACUGUCGGAUCUGCCUCGAUGCCGGAUCAAAAUGGACAACAGGCAGGGCCCGCUCUUCGCAGGCGCCGAGGCGGGAAUUUGCGUCAAAUGCACACCGGGGAGGAGUCUCUCUCAGGUCGUGAUUCAUUCGCUUCUUGGGAUGAUUCGGUUGCGGAUGGAACUGCCCCCUCUGAUCAAGGUGUCUCGAGACCCCCUUCAGCCCUUAUCCCGCCUAACCCCAUGUAUUCGCUCAUUCAACCUCGCAAUUCUCGACAAAUUAGGCGUUCUUUCGAAUCAGUCAUUGCGAAGUUUGCGCAAAUCCCAGAUGACGAUGAUGGCGGCAUUGAGUCUACAUUGUUAAAAUUAGAAGGAAAAUGGGAUGGACCACCCAGCGCCGGGAAAGAUUCUGGAUUCACCCAGGUAGGUGGAUCUAGCUCUCACCGAGAGCAGCCCUUGGUUCCUCGUGGACUCGAAAUUUCCAAGCCUGGGUGGGAAGUUCUCUCUCGAAGACGCCAAACUGAUAAGUCGGCUUAUUCCACCGUUGGGGGUCGAUUGGCACCCCCGCGGCCUUAUUCUGACUCCGUGGCUGAAUCCGAGGAUUCUUACAAUUCUAUCCCCCUCCUUGAGCGUGGUUUGACCGAUGAGUCGAUGAAGUGGCAGCCGACAAGCCACCCAGCCCACUAUGAUCUUAAUGGUGCCCCGCUCAGCCUCAUAUCCAGCCGUGAUACCUCCGAGCUUGUCUCCUCACAUCCCUCAAUACAGCUCGUGCACGAAACUGACAGCAUUCGUCGCAUCCCUCCUGGCUCAACCGUUCCCGCCGCUGCCGAUGAUGCGGGUCAAAUCACCCCAACGCGUUUCUCGGUUCUGUCAUCUGAUGGCUCAGUUGAUGUGAUUGACCGGCGUGAAGCCAUGGGUCUACGACAAUCCACUGACCGCCGUAGUCUCAGCUCAUCAACUGUUGAAAUACCACCUCAUCCUUUAGCGCACCCUCCAUCCCCGCCAAUGACUAUCCAGAACCCGGGGUCUUUCACAUCCUGUGCCUCGCCUCUGAAUACAGUGCAAUUCCAGGCACAGCCUCUUACACCCGACACAUCCCCAAGGCACAAAGAUGCUACGAAAGCAGCCUCGCGACCUGUCAAUAUCCAACAGGUUUCCAGCGAUGUCUUAUUUAACUCAGAGAACAACCAUAACGAACAAAUCCCAACCAGUCUCCUCCCCGAUCACGUUCCAUUCGUUCUCGCCUGUGAAUCUCAAGUCCUGGCCCAGCAAUUGACCAUUAUCGAAAUGGCUGCGCUACGCGAAGUCGACUGGCGAGAUCUAGUUGAAAUGAAAUGGAGCAGCACCUGCCCACUAGUCACCAACUGGGUUCAGUUCCUUACACACGAAGAACGCAAGGGAAUCGACUUGGUAGUCGGUCGCUUCAACCUGAUGGUCAAAUGGAUCUUGUCGGAGAUUGUCUUGACCCGUGAUAUCCAUGAACGCGCUCGCACAAUCAUCAAGUACAUCCACACAGCUGCCCACGCACGUCGCAUCUGCAAUUACGCCACUAUGCUUCAAAUCGCUAUUGCUUUAUCUUCGUCUGAUUGUUCCCGCUUGCAGACAACCUGGCAACUCAUUCCCUUGGAGGACAGACGACUGUUCAAGGAUAUGGAGUGUUUGAUUCAGCCGGUGCGAAAUUUCAAUGACCUGCGUGUUGAGAUGGAGACAGCCAAUCUUCAAGAAGGCUGCAUACCGUUUAUUGGUCUAUACGUCCACGAUCUCACCUAUAAUGCCCAGAAGCCUGCUCAAGUCAGCAGUGAUGACGGUGGUCUUCUGGUGAACUUCGAGCGUUAUCGGACAGCAGCGCGUAUCGUCAAAAGCCUGCUGCGCCUGAUUGAAGCCAGUACAAAGUACAGGUUCGAGCCCGUGCAAGGGAUUGUCGAACGGUGCUUGUGGAUUGCUUGUCUUCCUGAAGAGGACAUUCAAGCUCGAAGCAAAGCACUUGAAUAA